AUGGACUGGCCACCGCCGGAGAUGAACUACAACACCAAGCACUUUGACAAGUAUCACCACAUCAUUCAGUAUGCUCAGCCGGGCGAGGCAAAGAACAUCAAAGUUUGCCGCUGCUGGCAGUCGAAGCGAUUUCCGUACUGCGAUGAUACCCACAAGGUGCUUAUCGAGGCCGGCGACAACGUCGGCCCAUACGUAGUGAAGAUCAAUCCGAAGCCGGCCACCACGAACGUCGCGGCCAACCACCUUCAGGUCCGUAGCCAGCUUCCCCGCACGGCCGCCUUCUUCGCGGCAGGGUUUGGCACGGCAGCUCUGGCGGGCUUGGCCGCUGUCGCUUACGCCCGGGGUUUCCGCUUGCGCGGAGAGGUGGAGCUGCCGAAGACGGGGAGCCCACAAGGGGCCGCCGAAAGUUAG